ACCCCCUCCCGCCCGCCCAUCUCCCUUCCCCCAAUCUUAUACUUUGCCCCACUUCCUUCCGAAGAACCACUAAGCUCGACUCACCUUCCCCAGCUUCUCAAGACCCUGGGUACUAGGACCGCCCCUGCAUACCGUCAGGAAAGGAUGCCGUCCAGCGGCAGACCCCGGAGCUAACAAAUUGCCAAGAAGAGGAUUUUCGUUGUGCCAGGUUACCGGUGGGUAACCUGGGUAGAAGUCAUCAGAGAAGAAGACCUUGACAUUGGUUUUGAAAGAGGAAGUGAUGGAGAAACCACUGGAAUUCAUCCUUGCAACAAAACUCACUCUUAAACCAUCAGUAUAACUUCACAAAGUCAUUAAUCCAAUGUUUAUUAAUCGUUACCCAUGCCCUGUGCUAAGAACUGGAGAUAGAAAGUGCUCAUGGCAGGUGUUACUGAACGAGCAUGGCAGUCCUUCUCCAUGAGCCUGAGGUUACUCAGUUUCUGCCUCGAUCCAGUGUUCUAGGCAGUUGCCACCAACCAGAGUUUGAAAAUAAGAUGACUCCGUUACCAUCUCUGAGUAGCCCAAGUGUUUGACUCCAGCGAUGGUGAUUUCAAAUCAAAGAAGGUAAGUUCAGACUUCUCACUUCAUGUCAUCCAAGGGGCUGUCUCUCCCAUCUAUGAUGGGGAUGGAUUCUGACCACAGUUAGGAGGUACCUGCUGUGUGUCCUGUCCCAGGCAAGAAGCAGAGCUGGUGGCUGAGAAGGACACGUUGUGGUCCCUCAUCACUCUAAGUCUCAUUAUGAAAAUAUACGUUUGUGGGACAAGAAGAUCAACCAUCUGAUAUAUACUGGGGAGCUAUGUCAAGCAUAAAUGAUAUGCACAUUUUACUACAUCUGUUUCAUACUCAAUCAUAUUUAAUUCCCACAGCUACCCUAUACUGUUAUUGCCUCAUUUUACUGGUAAGGAAACUGAGGUACAGGAAGGCUGCUAUCUUGUCUAAUACUACACUAUUACUAAGUGGAAGAACCAGGAUUUGAUCUCAGGCCUUCCGACUGCUCAGGGCUUCGCUUCCAUGUGGAAUAUUUAUCAGUUGUUUCAUCCUGAGCCAGGUUCUGUGAAAUAUCUCACAAUUGUUGGUAUAUUAUCUUCAGUGCAGGGAGCCACAGUCUUUGGGGACCACAGGAUGUCAGAACACAAAACAGGCCAGGAUCCAGCAGGGCAUGAUGGAGAGAGUGGAUCAGGGUCCUGGGGACUGAGGGCAGAGCAGAGCUCUUCUCUGUCAUUCCCCUUUCCCUCAAACACCUGUGGAUUCUUUAUGGCUCAUGGAAGCCUUCCCUGGUCUGCAUGCUUGGCCUUCACCUCUUGUACUUCUCAAUCAAUGCACUUACAGUAAUUGACACCCACACAUCUGUCCCCUUGGACUCUGAGGCAGAGUAAGAAGAAGCCCAUGGGGAGUGAGGGGUGCUGAGCUGGGAGGAUCAGGGGACCUGGGCGUGUAGGCUUUGAGUGCCAGUCCGGGGAGGUGAAGUGUGGUCAGGGCUUGGGAUGGCUGUGAUGGGGCCUGGAGAAUCCCACGGCACAGAAGCUCAUUAAGAAGCUACCUGAUUUGUCUUCCCUGAGGAUCAGGAGCAGAUUAUGAAAGAGGGAACCAACAAGCCCCUGGCUCAUCCCACACUGAGCCCAGUGACAGGUAAGGAGUAAAGGGGCAGAGGCAGGGGCCUGAGCCAUGCAGUCCCACCCCUGGGCAUCCUUGCUUGAUGCUUUUCACUUGUCCCUGCCUGUCUCACUGGAUGCCUGCCUGCCUCCUUUCCAUCCACAUAGGUCCUCCUGGGCAUCUGCUCGAUUUCCUGACCUCUGUCCUCCUGUGUUCAUUGACUUCUCUCUGUACAGUGAUCAGUCUCUUUGUCUUUCUCUCUCCCUCUCCCUCCUUAUUUGUCUUUUGGGUGUGCUCCUCAGUUGAGGGGGAGAGAGAUGGAAGGAAGUGAAGGCUGCUGCUACAGAACUGAAGCAGUUGGCUCUCCAUGGAGGAUUUAGGAUGAGGCCCUGGUAGGAGAGAUAAAAGUGGGGGUGAUGAGUUAUAGAAGGUGGGAGCUGGAGGGAGAUGUUAGAACUGAGAAGAUCUGAAAUGCUCUUAUUUGGGAAGGAGAGGGAGGUGAUUGCUUCCAAACAGGAUACUGAUAUCCUGUCAUUAAACCUCCUGGGGUGGCUGGAGAGAAGGCUCACAGUGGGCUUGGAGCCCCCAUUAAUCUAUUCCUGGCCUUUCUUUCUCUUCCCUUCUAUACUCCUCUUUUCUCCAAUUCUGUACCAUAUUCUGGUCACUGAGUAUGUAACAAGGACUGGGGAUGGGAGGCCUAUUGAAAGCCUACUGCAAUAGUCCAGGCAUCAGAUAUCAGGUCCAGGUGGAGCUGCCAGAGGGAUGUCAAGGUCUUCAACUCUUCCAAAUAGAGUAGACCAGAGACACUCCUUCUCUACCAUCAGGUUGGUAACAAUGCAUUUUGACAUUUUGUUUGAUCCUCUCACAGGAUGAGCAAGUUCACUACCUUUCAGGACAGUUGAUUCUAUCUGUGGACUGGCCUCUCUAAUGUCAGCUGGUUGUAUUACAUUGGAUCUUGUCUCCCUAGUGUAACUCCCAACUAUACUUCUUAAGACCACCCCGGACAAGUCUUAUCUGUCUUCCACAUGAAAACCUUUCAGAGAGUUGGCCCUCAGCUUCCAGAAUGCCCUUCACCUUUUAUUCCACAUGGUAAACAUACCCAAUUGCUCCAACACUUCUUCAUAUGAUAUGGUUUCUAGACCCUUCUUUAUAACCUAUUUCAACAUAUCCACACUCCCUUUAAAAUGUGGACCCACCAUUGAAAAAGAUGCCCUACAUGAAGUCUGGCUACCCCAGACACAUUCCAUGACACCUUGUGUCAUCCGUUAGCAUCCUUUCUCAAUGAUGUCACCUCAAUGAUGACUUUUUAGAAAGUUUACUUAUACUGAUCCACUUUCGGUCCUCAGUUAUUGCCCAAUGAACUACUACUCCACCUAAACUGUUGUGGUUGGCUUUUUGAAUCCAAGGAAGGGACAGAGGAUUUUAGCUCUACGCUAUAACAUUUCUUUUCUUGACAUUAGUUUCUUGUUCUACCAUUUGAGACUUGAAAUUCUACUGUCAACCACUGGAUCAGAUUGUCUUCCUCACCAUCUACAUGAGAGGCUGUGAAGGAAGAACCCAUGAGACCGACUGGUCCAUGGGAAGGUGAUCUUGAAAUUUCUGGUGGUCACAAGUAAAAGAUCUGUAUACAACUCAUUCUUACCUCCUUUCCUUCCAUUGUACUUUUCCUGAAGCUGCCUAUCAUGACUUGGGCACUUAGUCCCGUUGCUGUUGCCUCCUCAGAGACCUUGCAAUAUCACCUCUUUCUCUCUCUCUUUUGGCUUCCCCCCACCCCGUGUAUAUAUCUUUAAAAAACAGCAACACAAAUAAAACACUCUUUCCACCUUUUGUCCAUCCCAAUCUUAGAUAUCUCUUCAUUACUCCACUUUACAGACCAGUUCACUCUUCAAAACCCACUGGUGUCUGAUUUUUACUUUCAUCACUUCAUCAAAAUUUCCCACUUUCAAGCCAAGAAUAAUUUCCACAUUAUUAUAUUUUUAAAGUUUUAUUCCUCCUGCUCUCUCUGUAGUGUCUGGCACCAUAGGCCCUUUUGGAGAUGUUAGCUUCCUUGGUUGGUGGAACCAAGUUUCCUGCCUCCCUGAUGCUCUUGCUCAAGCCCCAGCUCUUCUACUGCUGAUCUCUCUUGUGUUCAUGCCCCAGGCUGCAGAUUUUGAUUCUUUGCUCUUUCUCUAGACUAUCCUGGUUAGUUCUCAUCCAUUAUGUACCUUGAUUACCUCCCCAAUUUUUAUCUUCCACUUAGAUAUCCUUCCUGAGUUUGAAGGCAAUCUGACCUAUUCUUUGAUAGUCAGAUCUUCAAGGAUGCCUCAUGUUCCAAGCUCUAUGUCUGUAACAUAGUUAAUCAUUACCUUCCAGUCAUUUCCUGCCUCACGCCAUCUCUCCCUCCUCCACCUCCAUCCAGGUUUUGUCUUGUAAUGGUUCCCAAACCUGAAACCUCAAGCUCAUCUUUGUCCCCUCCCUCUUUCUCAUCUUAUGUACCCCUCAGUUACCAAGUUCUGUUGAUUCAAUUUCCCACACCGCUCUCUAAUAUCUCUUCUCUUCUUUAUUGCCUAUAAUGCUAUGCUGCUUCUGCCUUUUUCCCAUACCCCUCAAAUGGUCUUCCUCCAAUGCCUUCUUCUAACUUCCACCCAAGUAGUGAUAUUUCUAAAACCUAAGCCUCAAUGAAUUACUUUUCUGCUUAAAACUUAUCUCCAAAUUGUCAUGGCCUAAAUGAUCAACUCCAUGCUCCUUAUUAAAGUACACAAUACCCUUUUCUUUUCCCUCUUGCCCUGUGAAGACUAUCCUACCCUCAGAUUUUAUGUCUUGUGCUCCAUGGUUGUACAAAACUCUCCCUUAGUUAUGGUCCUUUGCACCUGCAACUCCAUCUUCUUGCAAAACUCUUCCUUAGGAUCUUUGCUUAGCUAAUUUUUGCUCAGCUUUUAAGUUUCAUAUUAUGUGUCCUCUUCUUGGAGAAGUCUAGCUCCCAAAGGCUACCUAGGUGCUUCUUUAAGGAAGCACAGCCUAUCCAGGCUCCUGUGACACUCUGUACUUACUCCCAUCAGCACUUAUCAUUUGACUGUCAUUUAUUGUUUACCUGUCUCCUUUCUGUGCAUGCGUUUUGAGGGCAGAGAUUUUUAUUACUGUAUCCCUGGUGCUUAGCACAGAGCUUUGACUGCUAGCCAUAUUUCCAUCAUAGUGCUAAGCACAUUGGGAUGUGGUUUGUGCCUCUACUCUUCUAUCUCUCUAACCAGACUGUAAGCUCCUUGAGAAUUAGGAAUAGACCUUAUUUGUCCUUGUCUCUUCAGCUCUUAGAAUAGAGCCUGAUAGGUAGUAGGUGCUCAAUCAGUGUUUGUUGACCAUUUGAUGAAUGAUACCAUGAGGAAGGGGAUUUGAUGGGAACUAACAUUACUGAGCUCCUGCUAUGUGCUAAUCACAGAGCUAAGCACUUCACACCUAUUAUGUAUUACUUCUCAUGACAUCUCUUCUGGUAAAUUUUAUGUAGAUUUUACAGAAAAGGAAAUGGGGCUCAAGGAGAUUAAAUUACUUGAGCAGAAGCACAGUUGAAGCAUCAAGAACUUGAAGUCUAGUCUUCUGAUUCCAAAUCCCAUGCUCCACUAGAACACACCACCUCCUAUGGCAUCACAAACAAGGAAUCAGCCCUAAUUUUUAAGAUAUAAACUAAAUUCAUGCAGCCUUUAAAUGGGUCUCCCCUCCUGUCAUAAAUCUCAGCUGCAAAAAGGAAAGGACUCCAAGGGAUAUAUUAUCAUUGGGAGGGUAUUCCUACCAGGUUGGAGGGAUUAAGAGAUGCCAAAGCUGCCUUUAAGCAAAAAAAGAUAGCUAUUAUUCUACCUCUAUUAUAGUUUUAGGGUGAAGCAGGAAGACCCUUCCCUUCAUUUGUGGGUAAGGCCAGGAUGAAGCAGAGUGGUGAAAAACUUUGUCUAAAAUAAAAUUGGAUGUGAGGAAGCUUCCAGAGGCCCAAAAGAUUCAAGAAACACAGACCUGAGUAAAAUUUUUCUAAACAUUUUAAUGUUUCUGGAGUUAUAUAUCUUUCUCACAUUUCUGACUCACCUCCUCUAUACUGUAAUGAUCAGAAGGUUAAAGCACCAAAGGAAAGGGUUCUGAGUGUUUGUUUUUCAAGGAGAGGGAUGGGAAAGCUUCAGACCAUUACCCCACUCUAUAGCCAGGACUAGGGGAGAAGAGCCCCCAAGCAACGCAUUAUGUGAUUGUAGCUCCUGAAAGACAAGAAAACAGGUGGCCUUGCUGGGGCUGAUAGAAUAAAAUGAGACCCUGGUGGUCUUGAAAAAAAUUUGGGCCUGAGAAACAGAAAAUUCCAUGAAAGUUUCCCUCCCCUUCUCAAAUUUGGCCUCACUCUGACUAGACCUCAGUCUUUGAACUUCUAUUAGUCCCAAAUAGUAUCCAAAUAAACACCAGCUGCCAGCAACUGAAUGGUCAUUGUACCUGAAUGUGCAUCCUAAACUGGGCCACUAGUCAGUUCAUUUCUCUUUCUGCAGCUGAAGGAGAAUGCAGAACUUUCCCUGGGACAACCACAGCUCUGUGUCUGAAUUCAUCCUUCUGGGCUUCUCCAGGGAUUCCCAAAUUAAUACAAUCCUCUUCAACAUCUUCCUCUUUCUCUACCUCUCUACACUUGUGGGCAAUGGACUCAUUGUCACCUUGAUUCACUUGGACUCCCGCCUCCACACACCCAUGUACUUCUUCCUCAGUGUCCUCUCCAUUCUGGACAUGAGCUAUGUCACCACUACUGUGCCUCAGAUGUUGGUGCAUCUGAUCUGCCAGAAGAAAACUAUCUCCUAUGUUGGGUGUGUGGCCCAGAUGUACAUCUUUCUGGUGUUGGGCAUCACUGAGGGCUGGCUGUUCUCUGUUAUGGCCUAUGAUAGAUAUGUGGCCAUCUGUUAUCCACUCAGAUACAAGGUUAUCAUGACCCCAUGGCUGUGUGGGGCAAUGGCCAUCUUUUGUGGACUGUGGGGUAUCAGCUGUUCCCUAGUCUACACUGUCUUCACAAUGCGCCUGCCCUACUGUGGCCCCAAUGAGAUCAAUCACUUCUUCUGUGAGGUCCCUGCUGUUCUGAAGCUGGCCUGUGCAGACACAUCCCUCAAUGACCAAGUAGAUUUUAUCCUGGGCUUCAUCCUUCUCCUGGUUCCCCUCUCCUUCAUUCUGGCUUCUUAUGUCCGCAUCUUUGCCACAAUCUUGAAGAUCCGCUCGGCUCAGGGUCGACUCAAGGCCUUCUCCACCUGUGCCUCCCACAUCACUGUGGUCACCAUGUUCUGUGGACCUGCCAUGUUUAUGUACAUGAACCCCGGGGCCAAUGCCUCCCCAGAGCGGGACAAGAAACUGGCUCUGUUCUACAAUAUUAUCUCUGCCUUUCUCAAUCCCAUCAUCUAUAGCCUUAGAAACAAAGAUGUGAAGAGGGCUUUCCUCAAGUUAACAGGUUCAAGCAAGGCCUCUGAGUGAGGCCACUGGAGCACAGAAGGCUACAACCAGACCUGAAACCACAUGUUCCACCCUAUUCCCUCCCAUCACCCUAUGGAUAGGCAUGAAUCACUGACUGAGAGUUAUGGGAGAUAAUAUGUAAGGUUGGUGCCUGGGUGGGAGCUGUUGAUGGUUCCAGCAGGUGAGCUAUCCUCAAACAUCAAGAGACCCAACUGUAGAUAGGGUGCCAAGUCAGGACCUAUGUCUGAUUUAUGUGUUUCCCAGGGCUCAGCAAAGGGUCUGGCACAAAGUAUCAUUAACAUUUGAUGAUUGAAUGAAUGAGCUCAUGAAGAUUGAGCCUAUUAAAUCAACUCAGGAUAGCCAGGACACAAAGACUAACAGGACCCAUAUGAGUGACUUUAUUUUAUCUCAAUCAGGAGUACGAACAGAUCUAAAGAAACAUAGUCUCAAGAGAAAGGAAAAGUGACCUUAGAAACAGGAUUCAGGAAUUGGUCAUUGUCUAUCCAGCACUUUCAUGGGAGUGCGUGUCCCAGGGUACAGAGCGAGCCCCUGCUGUGGUGAAGAGAUAUUUUGAGGGUCUCUUGAUAUACAGAUGAAACAUCACCCAAACCAUACCAUACUGGGGCAGAGCUCAUACUUUGCAGCAAACCAUCACCUUGUAGGAUUGUUGUGAGAAGUUAAUGUAGGUAAAGUUCUCAAAACAGUGCUUGAUGCAUUGCAUGCUUUACAUAAACACUGCCGUUCUUCUUGUCAUGCUCUACUUCUUUUUCCUAAUACCACCAUUACCAAGCAAACUAUUGAGAUCAUUUCAGCUUCAAAAGAGGGGCCAUUCUGCUCUCUGGAAAGGGAUAGCUAACAUUAUAAAUGAAUAAGUUGGCAUUUGUGUAUACCUCAUUCUAGUGUGGAUUUAGUGAAUUUGAGUCUGUCACCAAGAAACCUAUGAACUCUGAACUGGCAAAACUGUAGAAAAAUUAUGACACCCUUUCAAGGUACCAAAUGAAGAGGACCUGAUUACAAACAGCCAGAACUCCUCAGAUACUUUCACUGAUAUUCUCACAUGAUAGAGCUUUUAAAAUAAACAUUUGUUCAAAUCUAAACUGAGUAAUAAUGUGUUACUAGAGUACUUGAUUCAAGAAGAUACUGACAGGUAUAGCAGCAGGAUAUAGUGAUCAGAGUAGGGCUGACUUCUCUUACCAGUGCCAGACCCCUUCACCCAUACCUGUGGCCCCCUAGAGUCCCCAGCACCUUGGAAGAGGCACAGAAAAGUUGCUCCACAGAAUCUCACAAACUGUACUGACCACACAGUGCCUAUCAUACAAAAAAAAAGGCAGACAAUACUUCAGUGCCAAGAAAGGUAAGCAACACUCCAGUGAAGCUGGAAUCAGAGGGGUAAGCUCUCACACAGAGCCUCUAACAACCUUCACAAAAUCUCCUCCAAAUUUUGCCUUCACUCUUUCUACCACCAGGGAACAAAAGGGGAAAAGAGGCAGGAGUUCCUGGCAUUCAUUUUAUCCUUGUCAUGAUUCUGAAUUCCCACAGUCCAUUGAACUAUCCCAGCCUUUUCUGUUUCAAAUUUGACUUUGAAUUUGAAAUUCUAAAUCGCCUAAUGGAUACAAGUGAUAGGCAUUCAAUGAAAUGAUGCCAUGGAAAAAUAUUGUCAGAUUCUCACUUUAAACACAAAGGAAAUUUAAAACUAUUAGGCCUCCUUGUGAUUAAUAUCAGGCCUCUUUAACCUCAGAGUUAUUGAACCUUCAUUAACUAAUAGUCCUCAAUAAAACAGUGAAGGCUCCAAUGAAAGUGGUACAGAUUCAAUCCAAACAGAUGUCAUUGAAGGUGCUUUGAACUCAGCAAAGAAAGUAAUAGUAAUUGUGGUAUUAAUGGAAGUUAUGGUGAUUGUAACUUGAAUUUGGAAGGAAAAUAUUUGGCCUUGCAUUUCACAGUCGCUUAUAGGACAUUUGCUGAACCUGUUUUGGAAAGUAGUAAGGAAGGGGGCUUGAGGAGAGAUGCUGGGCAUUGGGGGAGAGCAGGCAGGUACCACAUAGAAGGAUUAACAGGACACAUCAAGCCCCCAAAUCACAGGAGCAAAGGAUGAAUUGCAGAGAUAUGAAGGGCAUUGGUCAGGCUUUCCGCCUAGAUAAUAACUGGUACAAUGGGAAGAGACGGCUUGACAAUGAGGUUCGAUUAGGCCAGAGAACAGUGUUGUAGGAUUAAGGAUUAGAGAGAACUGGGUAGAGUUCUGGAAGAAAGGGGGAUACAGGAAAUUUAGAGCUCAGGGUGGGAAAUAUUCCAGGUGAUUAGGCAAAAGCCCAUCUGAGAGUGUUGCCUCUAGAGAAAAUUCUAGGAAACUCAGCAGGAAAGGGAGUAAAAACCACAAAAACCACCCCAUUGAGACUCAAAUUAACAGAGAAAUUAUUGAACAACAGUAAUUUCUAACCCCACCCCUAAGUACGUAUAUGCCUCCUAUGAACUGUGCUGGUUUGUAGCCCACAAAUUCCAGCAGGACAAGGGCCAUGACUUCUUCCUGCAGUGCCACGGAUUUGGGAAUGACAGCUGGCAAUCAGCUGGCUCCCAUCAAUAAACUGUAGGGAAGCAGAGACAGUGGUAAAGCUGGCUUAAAACCUUGCUAGCUUCCUUGAUUUCUCUGUUUUACCAACACACCCAAGCCAUUAAGUGUUCUUGCUUCUUUCCUUGUCACAUCUUUUGGCAUCUCCCCAUUCACUGCCACCAUCCACUAUAAUCACCUUCACAAGCCAUGCCCGGGUCUCCCUCACUAAGUGCUCUUCAACCCAAACCCUCAUUAUGUCUCACAAGCCAUUCUUCUGAAAAUACUGUGUCCCCACCUUUCCUCCACCCCAUCCCUCAGCCUUGAUGCUUAAAAAUACAGGUUGUUCAUCAUUGUUAAGAUAAAAUCUACUAUCACCCUGAAUUAUGAAUGGUAGCAAUCUGUCCUAGUAGAGAAACUAAUGAAACCUUAUCACAUUUUAGCCACAAGACUCAUCUCUCCAUUACCCUGGUCCCUGACUAUCUAGUUGUAGAAGAGCCACUAGGUGGACUUCCCACCUUCUAGAAGGAACUCCAACAGCCAGGAAGACUUCUCCCCCAUUAUUGAGGCAGCCUGCUUCCCCACAAGGCCAGAAGAACCUCUCAUCAGUUAGCAAGUCCUCUCCACCAACCACAUAGCUCCUUACUCCCUCCCCAGAUGGGGGAAGGAAUACCUUAAUAAUCCAUGGGACCCUUCACUUUCUACCUGAAUCCCUCUGCCUGGAACUUUGUCAUACCAGGUACUGGAGCCUAUUGGUGUAGCUGUACCCACCCACCCAAAUGCCCUGUUUCACCUCUGAGUAAAUGCUUUAGGACCAUACUAGCACCCAACUCCACAUUUAAGUACUAGAAACGAAAUCUCUAUCACCUCAGAAGCCAGGAACUCUCUAGUCAUUUAUUAUUCCCAGACUCUGUUCAUCUCCCCACUUGCCCAAGUCCCUACUUCUCCCUUUCCCCAGUUCUCCCUCUCUUUGCCAUCUUAGUCCCAUAUUCAGCAACCUCCCCUCCCAGGAUCCUCAACCUGGAAUUCUCCCUAGGGAUGCCACACCCUCUUUACCUCUCUAAAAGGGAGUUCUUUGUUCUCACUCUUGGCCUGUGAGUUCUCAGACAUGCUCAUCCUGAUGACCUUUUAUCCCAUCUCCUUUCUGGUCACCUCAAGCCACACUCACACUGGAGCUCAUCAUCCCUAAACCUGCACUGCUCCCCAGUAAGAAUCCAAGCAUUCCCACUGCACUGAGCAAAAAAGUAAACACUAUCUACAGGGCUCAUUAGGACUGUCCUCUGCCUACUUCUCAAUGUCAUCUCUGCCUCUUCUGCUCACUUUAUUGUGACUACAUGGGCCUUCUUCCAGCUCUGCAGAAAAUACAAAGUUCUUUCCUGACCUGGGACUUUUGUACCUGGCAUCCCUUUGCCUGAAAUGCCUUUUCUUGGCUCUUUGCACGGGUGACUCUUCUCAUCCUCAGGUAUCAGCUAAACCUUAAUUCCUUCCCAAGUAAGGCCCUGGGAAGCAGGCUUUCCUCCUCCAUUUUUCUCUAUCACAGAAUGCUACUUGUUUCCUGAGAUAACUAUACCUUCAUUUCUCAGUAACUGAGUUUAGUUUCCAUUUUGAGUUAUCAUCCCAGUGGUGGGAGAAAUAAUACUAAUCUUCUUGGGGUUUCCAUCCCUCUCUCCCUGACUCCAAGUUCUGGAGAGCUUACAAAGUGGUGAGGUAUGCAGUGGUGGAUAGGAGUGGGGUGAGGUAUAGUCUGGUCCUCUGUGUCUGGCACCCAUUGAGAGAACCUCACUCUUGUGAAGUCUUUGGUCCUUCAGAGUUACUGUGGCAUCUUCUUGGGUUGUUCCAGAAGGAUUGUAAUUACAUGACUGUAAAUCUCUCCAUAUACCUGUCUUGGUUUCCCCAAGGCCUGACACUGGCUGGACUAUAAUGGAUGCUCACGAAAUACUGGAACUGAAUCAACUCAUCCCUGAGGCCUCUGAGCCACCAAUGAAACCUGAAAUGAAGUUGGAUGUUCAUGCUAACUCUGAGGCCCUUUGCCAGGAUUCUUAACUUCAUAUGUCAUUUAGAUUCCUUGAAAGAAUGAGAGUCACUGCUAUGUAUGUAUAGUUUACAAAUGGCAGCAACUUCUAUUCUUCUAAAAUUUU